UAUCAACAAUCAUUGUGAUUUACAUUUUGCUUAUUCUUUGAGGACGUGUAGAUCACGCGCCACCCCAACUGCGUAGUGAAACUACCAUUUCCGGUACUACUGUACUGCCAUUUCACGUUCCCCGUACUAAAAAUGGCAAAGAAAACAUUAAAGGUGUUUAUAUAUUUCAUUUUAAUUCUUUCACUACCCACAAAACCUAAUCCCACUUCCUUCAACCUUCCCCAACUACCAAACCUUUUUUUUAAGAUAUGAGGCCAUCUAAGAUUGGAAUCAAGCAAGAAAUACAUGAGGGAGCCCAAGGAGCCCAUAACACACCUUUCAGAUUCAAUCACAAGUUAACAUUGUCCCAACACCCUCGUGAACACCGAAAAGGCUUGUUCAUACAGAAAUACAGAAAUAUCGUCAUGGCAAAGGCAUUGCACCCGACAGAUUUCCAAGGUUAUACUAUCAGAGAACGUUUUGUGAAGAUGGGCUGGGGACAAUUGCUUAAUUUAAAUUGUGACAAGAUUUAUAGACGUGUUGUCAUUCAAUGGAUGUCGACACUAUCAAAAGAUGGGGAUGAAUUGACCGGUAAAGUUGACGGGAAGUCCUAUACCAUCACACCCGUCAUCAUCCGAAACCUUCUUGGAGUUGACACACGCACUGAUCUGCCAUAUGCCCGGUUUAACAAAGAAGAAUUUCAAGCCAACACUGAUGAAAACAAAAGAAGAUGGAUUGAUGCUCGCAAGAUAGUUUUUGGACUGAAUGAAGAUUCGAAUGCCGGACUUGGUGAGUUUCACAAAUCAAAAAUGACCCCAUUAGUGAAAAUUUUGUGGCAAAUAGGGGUUUGGACAUUUUACCCUCGUCUUGGUGACAUAGAUUGUGACUUCCUUCGUACCCAUGAGAUCUAUCUCCUCCAUGCGUUAUUCACAGGAGAUUAUUUGUAUAGGUUUGCACAUUUGAUGAUUGAUGACAUAUGGGAUAUGUAUGAGCACGAAUAUCGAAAAAUCAUUCCCCAUGGAUACUAUAUUUCCGAGAUACUCAGUCAUUUGGGCGCUGUUCACGAAAAUGAAUCAGUUGAGACGGUCCCACUACCGUACCGCUCAUUAUCAAAGAAAUCUUUUCCUGAUCUUGAAUUUUCAGAAUCACCAACAACAUACUUAGUUGCUGACAGGGUAUUGGGGCAACGAGUUGUUCUUCAGAAAGAAGUCAUAGAAGGAAAAUCUCUACUUCAGCCACCACAUCACCAGAUGCCCGGACCAAGUCCACACCCUGACAUGACAAAUCUGUUGACUAACCUUGAAAAUCUAACUAUUAAGCAAUUCUCUCAGUCUCAAGAAAAACACAACGAAAUGAUAUCAAUUAUUAGCAACAUGGUAAAGCAGAUGGAGCAUCAGACAUUAGAGGGAGAACGCCGAGAGCAAGAAAGAUUAAAACAGACAGAAGAAAGAGAUCAGGAAAGGGAACGACGAGCAGAGGAAAGAGAACAGGAAAGGGAACGACGGGCAGAGGGAAGAGAAAAAGAAAGGGAACGACGGGCAGAGGAAAGAGAACAGGAAAGGGAACGGCGGGCAGAGGAAAGAGAAAGGAAUGCUGAGAUCCGGGCCCAUGCCAUAAUCUGGGAUAUUGAGAGGCAGCGUUACCUUUAUGAACAGGAACAGCAGCAGUUACGGAUGACUUGGAACCAAGUUAAUGCAGUCAACACGGCUGAUGGUUUUCAGUUUCCCCAAAUAUCUGAUACUUCUUUCCAUCCACCACAGGCUGGUUCCAGGUAUCAUGACCCAACCCGAAGUUAUGAGAUCCCCAAGGCAUUUCAGUCACUCUACUAUGACAUCUAUGGCCCGAGACACUAGGUAUUUUUAGGCAUGUAUAUGCUAUAUAUUCCCCCUUUAUAUCUGUUACGAGUAGGUUGAUCUGAUCACGUGGUAUUUUCUUUUAAGUUGAUGAUGCAAUGCUGAUCUUGGAAUUGAUAAAUACACUAACUUCAUGAAUUUAUUUACUUCAAAAUGCUUAUCGCCUGUUUGAAUUAACAGGAAUGGAUGUUUGGAACUUAUGAUUAACUAUUACAUUAUUAUGCAUUUUAUG